GCGAUUUGUCAGCGCUGCAACUAUCGUAUUUAUUUAGCCCGUGACUAAACACUCCUUCUAUCAUUCGGCAGAUGAUUUUCUUCGAAACACAGUUAUUGUAACUGCGUUUUUACUUCUCCAAUUCUAAUUAUUCAUUUCAGUUAUUAUUAGUCCGGAGUCUGAUACACGAUCCGUCGAUCUGCAAUUUGUUACUAGCGACUGCCGAAAUUUCCAGAGGUAAUUUCCCACCAAAUUUCUUCGAAUUCGUUUGCUUCCUUCCAAUUUCUAUUCCGAUUUUGUAUUUAUUGGUAACAAUGGUUCGAAAACGGAAUUUGGGAAAAAGACCCGUACCUAUUGAGGAAGGGGAGGCUAACGUGUCUCAAGAUUUGCCUACAAUUGGUCGGCGUAAUCGACCGCUUGGGUGGAUGCCACCUCUUAGUCACAACGACGUUUUCUCGAAAAACGAUGAGAGGGAGCCGACAAUUGAAACUCCGAUUAUGGUUGUACCCUUGUCUUCCUUGCCGUAUAGAGAGCUUGAAAUGCCUACCACCUCUGCGAGUGGUUCUACGCAUGGGCCUCGGCGUCUGCCGAUCGGGGCCGAAGAGUGGGACAGCCAUACCGAUAAUUGGGGGGUUACAUCUACUGUUCCAUACACAUGGUGGAUUACGGAGGAUCCUCGGCACCGUUUUGCUGAGCAAAUAGAAGUAUUUUAUGGUAUUUAUGAAGAAGAUGGAUAUUGGUGUCGGAUGCCGGUUGCUGAAGAUAGGAUACAUAGACCACCGCCUGGGUAUAUUGGAGUAUAUACUAGGCAACUGCAAUCUGGAUUGAGAUUUCCUCUUCACCCAUUUGUAAACCCAUGUACUGAAUGGAUACAAUAUUUCAUUGUGCCAGUUAACACCGGUAAGCAUUCGUAGAGUUAUGACAUUUGUAUGGGUUGCAAUUUUUUAUGGGUUUGACCCUAGCAUCCAUGUGUUUCGGCGGUUACACAAUUUGGUGAUGAAUAAACAAUCAAAUGCUGAUCACGGCCCGGGUUGGUGGCGAAUUGAAUCUAAAAAAGGGAUUCUAACCACUUGGCCGAACGAUACAUCCGACAAAGAUUGGAGGGGUCAAUGGAUUUGGGUGAGAGCUCCAUACGCAGCAGCACAUCCGAACUAUUUUGGAGGCCCGAGAUAUUUAAGCAAGCCCGACAAAAAUAUGUCAGCGAUCGGUUCGGCUGACUUAUCAUCUGCCGAAUUGGAAUUACUGAACCUCUUUGACAAACUGCCUACUGGAAAACGUGGCCGAGAACUGUAUAUGCCGAAAAAUUGGCUACCUUGCUAUCAUUAUAUCUUCCAAGAGAAGAUAUUAGCUGCUGUUGGUCUAAGCCGAAAAUAUCAACGCGAACUGAAUGAAAUGAAUUGCGGUUUAAACUAUACACUGUUGGGAAUAACUGCUGACAGAAAAGUGACGAAGAGAGAUCCUCCGAUAAUUAAACCCUCUGAGAGAGCUCCUUGGUUACGCGAGUCUCAUCUCGAUAUAGUCGAGAAAAACGAAUAUUUCAAACAGAAACCUUGGUACUUGAAGCGUGGCCCAUUUUCUCCUUUGGGCAUCGAAGAAAAAGCUGACGCUGAUGCCGCUGCUCUGAAUUCUGGCACAACUAUUUUCGAUUCUGAAGUUGGAUGUAAGGUCAACUCUAACGAGAACGAUUUAUCUUCGGAUGGUGAAACUUCAACUGAUCGAUCUUCUUCUGACGAAGAAUGUGAAGAGAAGCCCACAAAAGGAAAGACCAUGGUCGUUGUCAAGGUCAGCCAAAUUCCCUUAGAAGAGUCUUGUCCAUCGUCAAAACGUCGCCGUAUAGCUGAAAAGGCGGGCGGAGAUACCGUGUAGGAAAUUACCGCUUCUUACGUGUCUCCAAGUCAUCCAGAAAAAAUGCAGCUAGAAAUACCAUGUCUGAUGCCUUGUUCUUCUGGACAUGUGGAAGAGCAGUCCGACGGAGAAAACCAAACACAGACUGUUGCCUUCACCCAGCAUGCUCAAGAUAAUGAUGUGGUUAUUUUAGAGGAGAAACCGGAAUCUUUUAAGGAAAAUGAAGAACAACCCGAUGAGUCUAUGCGGGUGGAUGUGCAUCAUACUUCUGCUGCAGAUUAUAUCAAACCCUUUCAACCUAAUAUGGAAUUUAAAUCUGCCAUGCUUGUAAAUGUACCAGAUGCUGUGAAGAAGAGUUUGAUAGGAGAACGAGAACCUACUAUAAAGUUUUUCGGAGAUUUAUCUGGAAACUCCGAGUUAGAAAAAGCCAAGAUUUGGUCGAACCAGGCUGCUGCUGGAGCAUCUGAUCUAUCUGAACAAGUGCCGGAUCCUAUUUGCGAAAAUUUUAAGAUGCUGAUGAAGGCCGUUCAUAAUCAUGUGGUUGUUGCUGGUAUGAACGUAGAGCUCGAAAGAGGUAUCGAAGCAGCCGAGGCAGGAAUUCACGCGGCAGAGCUGGCGUGGGAAAAAAAUGAAAGUAUGAUCUCGGAAAAUCGCAACAGAGUGAACGAUAUGAUGGAGAGUUUCCAGGCUUUUUGUCAAGAUGUAGAGCAGUCUUACUUACCUCAUAUUAGACAAGCCGAAGAGUUAUUUCGCUCUUAUGGAGCAGGUGAUGUAGAGGAAUUUCAACUUCGGCUUGUACAGAAGUUCCAGCAAGAAGUAGACGCCCGAGAACAAUUGACUAAGGAACUGAACGAAAGAAUUUCCUUUGCCAAAGAAAAGGCUGAACACACACAGUCUAAUCUUAAGGCUGAAGUCCAACGUCUAGGUGACUUAGUUUCGGCUAAAGACAGCCGUAUGGAGGAAAUCAAAACCCAGAUUCAAGCCGAGAAAACUGCUGCUUCCAUAACAAAGAUUGAGUUGGAGGGUACCAGGAAGAUGUUGGAGACCCGGAUUUAUACCCAAGAACAAUAUGAUGAGAAUUAUGAAAAUGGAUUCAGGACUGGUCGUCGUUUUGCGAUUCAUGCUGCACCGAAUAUAAAUUGGGAUUUGGCUGAACAAUGGUCUAUGGAUCUUAAUCACCCGAAUAUGCGGCGUCCACAUCCUAAUGAGCUUGCCUUGAAUUCUCGGCUUUCUAAAAACGAAGUUCUGGACAAAGACGAUGGUGGUGUGGAAAAGAGAUGACUUAUGAGUUCAAAAUAUUAACAGACCUACUACAUCAUCGUUUGCUAAAACGUUCGAGGCUCGAUAUGAUAGUGUGGAAGACGCCAAUGUAUAAACAUUUGGGAGGGUGUUUAAAAUAUCUUAUACCUUUACGUGUACUUUAUUGUUAAGAUUUUGGUUUUUGUUACUUUCGUCUUUUUCAUUUCGGUGUACAGUCCAGAUGAAAACCAGUUUAGCGUUCGUAACGGUUAACGAUCUUCGAAUGGAAUAGCUCUCGCUAGAGAAUUUACA